AUGCCCCGCGGUUACUAUCUCGGGCAGGGCUUGAUCCCGCUUGGUGAACACAGCAGCGAUGACGACGAAGGUCCUUGCGAGCUUCCAGACGGGCGCAUCGUCUGCGGCCCGCAUGGCCUGACUGUCUGUGGCAAAUGCUGCAUGGACUUCAGCUUCAUGGAUGAGGCCGAUGACGACGACUACGAUGGCGGUGACAACGACGACGAGCAUUACCCUGAGGUAAAAGUCGACGAGGACAUGUUCGACCCGCUUCACAGUACUCGAAGAGACUAUGGAAAUGUAUUCCCUACCGAAUUCACAGAGACCGGCCCCCCUCUUGAAUUAUUCCAAGCCGAGUCUCGUCGCGUUGGUCUUGGAGUAACCAGAUACGUCCACACAAAUGAUCCUGGAAAGGUGCUACUAAUGACGGAUGGUGCGUGUGCGAAUAACGGCGCACCCAACCCCAAGGCCGGCUGGGCGUUUGUCGCCGGUCCAGGGCAAGUUAUCAGUGCCCGGCUAGAGACACAAGGCCCUUUUGGCGACCCGGGAAUUCAAAGCAGCAACAGAGCUGAGCUUCGAGCUGUCAUCGCGGCUCUUGGUUUUCGAGUUUGGGCGGGGGAAGGAUUUCGACAUGUUGUCAUUGCUACAGACUCUGAUUACGUCGUGAAGGGGUCUACACAGUGGACUAGAACCUGGAUUAGCAAUGGUUGGAAGACGAGUAGCGGGGCCGAUGUGAAAAAUAAGGACCUAUGGGAGAAGCUGUUGAGUGAGGUAGAACGGCAUUACGACGAAGACGGCUUGCUGGUCCAGAUGUGGCAUAUUCCAAGAGAGUAUAAUACGGUGGCAGAUUCACGGGCGAAAGCUGCCACCGAGGUCGACGAGGCACCUACACGUUGGACCCCCGUGUUUGGUGUGGCAGCAUAA